UUUUCCCCUGGAAAAUUGUGUUCUAAUUGCUCCAUUUUAAAAAGGUGCAGCAGAAAACAGUCCUAGGUUUGAUUCAGUUGUACACAUUCAGUGGGAUGCAAACCGAAAAGAUGGAGCCAUUUUCAGAGAAAAGGGAGAUAAAUGAAGGAGAAAGGUGGUGUGUGAAAGAGGUAACCCGUGGAGUAGGAAUGGCAAACUGUCCAUCUGUCUGUCCUCAGCAGUGUGUGCAGUAAGGCAGCUCAUCAGAGGAUACAUUUCAUGCAAAUAAAGUUUCACUGAUACUCUUUCUGCCACCAGAUGUCUUUGAACCCAAGAGUUGAAACCCCUCUGAGAUUUGUGAAUGUAAAGGAGCUAAUAGGUCUGUUUAAACUCUCCUGUUGAACUUUGAAGAAGAAUAAGCUAUGGUUUAACCCAACCCCAAAGCAAAAGCAUCCGUUUUUUGCUCUACGUACACUUUGUCACACUGAGGCUGGAACUGCUCCCUCUUGGUUGUGUUGUUUUGUUUUGUUGAAGUCCAUUAUUAUUUAUCUGCGAGUGAAUCUGUGCACACCUAUCCCCCAGGAGUCUGCCUGUUUCUAAUUGUAACUUUGAUGCUUUUUCUUCCUGUUUGCCAGGUUUGGUCACUGGCAAUGGUAGCCACUGAUCUUUGUCUUGGACCAAAGUCUGACCCAGAUCUGGAGAUACCUUGGGCACAGCAUCCAUUUGGACGUCAAUUACUGGAGUCCUUGCUGGCUCAUUACUCGCAGCUCCACGAUGUGCAGACCCUGGCCAUGCUGUGCAGUGUGUUUGAAGCCCAGUCCAGGUUACAGGGAUGCCCAAACUCCUAUGGCCCCUUUCCUCAGCGUGCUUCCAACCUGGCCUCCCACAGCCGAUACCCCAGCUUUACUUCCUCUGGUUCCUGUUCCAGCAUGUCAGAUCCUGGACUUGGCACUGGGGGCUGGAGCAUAGCAAACAAGGACGCUGAGCAGAGCUCCACUCCCUGGUGUGAGUCUUCUCCAGAUGAGUUCCGCUACAGCAACCUGAUGUAUCCCGAUCACCGGGAGCGAGAGAAGGACCAGCAUGAGAAGAACAAAAGGCUCCUGGAUCCUGCCAAUACUCAGCAGUUUGAUGACUUUAAGAAGUGCUACGGUGAAAUCCUCUAUCGCUGGGGUCUGCGAGAGAAGCGAGCUGAGGUCCUGAAGUUUGUCUCCAGUCCUCCUGAUCCCCACAAAGGAAUUGAGUUUGGUGUGUACUGCAGCCACUGCCGCAGCGAGGCGCGGGGCACCCAGUGUGCCAUCUGCAAGGGCUUCACCUUCCAGUGUGCCAUCUGCCACGUGGCUGUGCGCGGCUCCUCCAACUUCUGCCUGACGUGUGGGCACGGCGGCCACACCAGCCACAUGAUGGAGUGGUUUCGCACGCAGGAGGUUUGCCCCACGGGCUGCGGGUGCCACUGCCUGCUCGAGAGCACCUUCUGAACAGCGUGAGAGCACAGCACCCCGGGAAUGGGAUUUGGGAUGGAAUUCCCAAGCCACGUUGACUCAGCUCUGCAGCGUCUGGAGGAGUCGUGCAGGGAGCCAGUGCAGGGAGCCAGUGCAGGGCUUCUGGCCGUGAGCUGACCUUUCUGAGUGCUUCCAGUUCCCUGUGCUUCCCAGGUUGCUUUCAGACCGUUUGGACCAAACUCCAGUGUGUCCAUUGCUGGCGAUGGAUGCCGCACCACCAAGCUCACACUUGUUCUGCAGAAGAAGUGUAAAUACUGGCCAGUCUCUGCCAGGCUGUGGAAUGGCUUCAGAGUUCCUUUGGCAAGCACUCGACUGGCAGAGCCAGACCUGCUCCGGCUGCGCAGUGUCUUUCCAGGUGCCUCUGGACAGGCCAAGGGUGAGCCGGGCAGAGCCUUCUUCACACACUUGAGGCAGAAGUAAUUUGCAAGCAGCAAUGAGCUCUGCAGGCUCACGAGUGGCUGUGCUCCAAGUCACUUUCUGAGCCAACAGGGUCCUUGUUUUUGAACUGCUGUUUACACUGCUGAGGUUAUCCCAUAAAGCAAGAGUGAAAUGACAUUUUUCAGCAUUAUAUCCUAAAUACUUUCUUCCCCGUGUUCCAUAUCAGCCCCUGGUGUGAAAAGCCCAGCCACGCAACCACAGUGACUAGGAUUAGCUGCUUUCUUCCAGGAGUUUGUUGCUCUUCAGUAAGUGUCUCUGCGCUCUGCUCCGGGUGAUUCAGUGCACUUUAAUUUGCCUGUCCCUGCCUUGCUGGCAGCUCGUCCUCAGGGCUGGGAGAGGCAGCUGCCUUUCUGUUUGGGAUCCACAGCAGGUUUCGAGGACUGUGGGUCUCCCUUCAUCUGCGGGGGGCAAUGCAGAAAGGCUCGGGAAGACACAAGCAGAACACUUGCUUCGUGCAGGGGGAAACUGAUGAGUAAUUUGUGAUGGUUUCAAGGGGAAAAGGAGUUUGGAAAAGUGGUAGGGAUAACAGGCAACAGGUUUGUGCCUUCCAUUUGAGAAUGUCCUGGAUGGAUCCCUCUCUUUGGGGCUCUGCCUGCUGCCUGGCCUGUGUCUGUGAUAACUCAGGCCGUGGGCUCCUGCUGUGGAACAAGCAGAAGAUGUCUCUUAAACAUUAAAGUUAUUUUUUGAAGCGUG